AUGGCCCACAGACGAUCCCGGGGACUCAAACUCUACCUGUCAGUUCUGUACAUCAUGGCGUCCAGCCACGCCGUCCCGCUGAACGACCUCCUCGACAGAGCCUCCCAGCGCUCCGACAGGCUACACUCUCUCAGCACCUCGCUCACUCACGACUUGGACAAUCAUUUGCCUCCUAUCGGCCGGGUCAUAAUGCCCCGCCCCUCGAUGUGCCACACCUCCUCUCUCCAGACGCCCAAUGACAAGGAGCAGGCCCUGCGAGUGCCGGAGUCGGACCUGCUGUCGUUGAUCCGCUCUCUGCUCCAGGCCUGGGCCGACCCGCUUGUGAUCCUGUCGUCUGCGGCCAACACUUUUUCCCAUCCGGCGCACAGCGCCAUCCGCAGCAAGGUGCAGGAGCUACAGGACCAGUCCAAGAGUCUGGUAGACGGCCUGGACAUCCUGUCCAAUAAGAUGGAUCCCUCUUCCCAGAACAUCUCACUCAUGCCCUUCAGAGGGGGCAAUGACCUUGGUCAAGACAAAAUCUCUCGGCUGAUCAACUUCCACUUCCUGCUGUCCUGCUUCCGCCGCGAUUCGCACAAAAUCGACAGCUUCCUGAAAGUCCUGCGCUGUCGGGCCGCCAGGAUGCGACCUGACAUGUGCUAA